CGCACGGAGCGCCGGAGGAGGCGAGCGGAGCUGAAACUUCACCGGAGACGAUCCGCACACAGCCGCCACCAUGAAUAACGGAUCCAACCGAAGUGUUGACCCGAGCUGCACGGACAGGCCUCCUCCUGCCAUGGAUAUUAUCCUCAAGUUGGAUCUGUUCGGCAUCAUUCUGUACUCCAUCCUCACUUUCAUGGCGACAAUGUCCAUGCUGGUCUUCAUAGAGGAAUGUGUCUACAUAUAUAGGAAAGUGCCUGCCAGGAAGAAGACUAUUCUCAUCUGGGUUAAUGGAGCAGCACCAGUGAUUGGCAGCUUGUCUUGUUUGGCGCUGUGGAUCCCCAGAGCCACCAUGUUUACUGAUAUGUUCUCAGCAUGCUACUUCGCCAUUGUGGUGUUCAAGUUCCUGAUCAUGAUGCUGGAGGAGGUGGGCGGAGACGAGGCCUUCCUCCGGCGCGCUGGGAAACACAAACUGAAGAUCAGCACAGGGCCCUGCUGCUGCUGCUGCUGCUGCCUGCCACAUGUGGACAUCACACGGCGCACUCUCUUCCUGCUGAAGCUGGGCUCCUUCCAGUUUGCGCUCCUGAAGAUUGUCUUCACGAUUCUUUCCAUUGUCCUCUGGACCAACGGGAGCUUUAACCUUACUGAUCUGUCAAUCAAAGGAGCUGCAAUAUGGAUCAAUCCAUUUGUGGGCGUCUUGACAAUCAUCGCUCUGUGGCCUGUGGCGAUCACGUUCAUGCACCUGAAGACGACGCUGAGAACACUUAGGAUCGUCCCCAAGUACGCCAUGUACCAGCUUGUUCUGAUCCUGACCCAACUGCAAGCGGCUAUAAUCAACAUCUUGGCUCUGAAUGGAACCAUCGCCUGCGCUCCACCUUUCUCCUCUGUAGCCAGAGGAUACAUGAUGUCUCAGCAGCUGAUGAUCCUGGAGAUGUUCAUCAUCACGCUGGUCACACGGCUGCUGUAUCGGCGGCAGUACAGUCCCUUACCCGCAGACGAGGAGGACCCCAAAGACGAAAAUGCAAAGAUGGUUGCAUUAUCAGAUUCUUCAUAAGAACUCUGUAUGCGUGCGUGUGUGCGUGUGUUUGUGUGUGCGUGUGUGUCUUUGUUUUUUUUUUUUUUUCCAGCAGGCAUUUGAUUAAGAGAUUUUAUAUAUUAAUAAACAUGAAUUUGAAUUCCAUGCAAAUUAAUCCUGUGGUUGUUCAUUAAAGCAGGCAGACUGAUCAUCCAAGAGAGCUUUUUGAUUGACAAGACACUCAGUUUACAGACAGAUAUUCAACAAACAAAGAAAAAAAAAAACUGAUUGUCAUUAAUACUUAAUAUUUAACACUUAGUUUUUGGCAUGAACUUUGUUUGGAAGCAUGGACUUUAGAGAGGAAGGCAGAGAUCCCUGGAAGAAAAGAAAAAAGACUUACUUUGAAUGCGUGAAUACAUAAAUUAUUUUUAAAAAAUUGAAAGAUUUGAAUAAAGUUACCAUGUUACAUGUACUUCCUGGUGGUGUCUGGACCCCAGAGAGAACAGCUUGAGAUUCUGCUUGUUUCUAAACAGCAAGACUGAAAAAAAAAACAAAGAUGAAGUCUGGUAGGAAUCAUUAACAUAUGUAGGAAUCGUUCCGGCAAUCGAUAA